AAAAAUAGGGUUGUCGCUGGCUGGCUGGCUGCUUGUGUGUUAACAGGGAAAAAUAAACAACUUGGCGAGCACCGGACACGGUAAUCGGUUGCCACUGCAACGAAAACCAGCAAAGGGAACCGAGAAUGGCCCUAAGCUAAUCGGCGCCCGCUCUCGCUCUGUUGUCGGCGGAUUUACAGAAAGACGGCUAGCUGGGUGCUAACGUUAGCACGCUAGCUUGCCAGGAGCACAUAGCAACUGCUGCUAGCUAACGUCACUGGACUGUGGUACUCUUUAGUCUCAAGACUGCAGCUAUGUUCGUCCAGGAGGAGAAGAUAUUUGCCGGGAAAGUGUUGAAAAUACACAUCUGCACCAUGGAUGGCACGGAGUGGUUGGAGGAGGUCACGGAAGACACCACAGUUGAGAAAUUGAAGGAGAAGUGCUUGAAACAUUAUGUCCAUGGAAGUCUAGAAGACCCCAAAACACUUACCCACCAUAAACUUAUACACGCUGCUACAGAAAGAGUUCUCACCGACACUAAAACUGUCGCUGAUGAAAACCUUAGAGACAAAGACGUUUUGCUGCUCAUAAAGAAAAGACCGCCACCAACCCUUCCAAAGAUGCCUGAUGUUACUUCAGAUGAAAAGAAGAAACAAGAUAACAAAGCUCCAGACAAAGAUGCUAUCCUGAAAGCUACUGCCAACCUGUCCACGCGCCACACUGACCGCACUGUUACCCAGCACAAUAUCAGAGAUUUUCAGACGGAGCUUAGAAAAAUCCUGGUUUCUCUCAUUGAAGUCGCCCAGAAGCUUCUUGCCUUGAACCCUGAUGCUGUUGAACUCUUCAAAAAGGCUAAUGCGAUGUUGGAUGAAGAUGAGGAGGAUCGGGUGGAUGAAACAGCCCUUCAGCAGCUCACAGAGAUGGGUUUCCCUGAGAGCAGGGCAAUCAAAGCUCUCAGACUGAAUCACAUGUCAGUAACCCAGGCCAUGGAGUGGCUGAUUGAGCAUGUGGAUGACCCAUCUGUAGACACUCCACUACCAGGCCAGGACUCUUCUGGGGCAGCAGGAGCCACAGCCGCUGCCACACCCGGCGCCUCUGCCUCUGCCUCUGCCUCAGCUUCAGCCUCUGCCUCAGCUUCAGCCUCCAGUCCUAACCUUCUCCGUAGCCUCUCCAGCCAGUCGAGCACAGACGAGAGCAGCAGACAGGACGAGCUCACAGAGAUCUUCAAGAGGAUCCGCAGGAAACGGGAGUUCAGACCGGACUCAAGAGCUGUCAUUGCCCUGAUGGAGAUGGGCUUUGAUGAAAAGGAGGUGAUUGAUGCUCUCAGAGUCAAUAACAACCAACAGGAUGCUGCGUGUGAGUGGCUGCUGGGAGACAGAAAACCUUCUCCAGAAGAUCUGGACAAAGGCAUCGACACCAACAGCCCACUGUUCCAAGCCAUCCUGGAGAAUCCAGUGGUCCAGCUGGGUCUAACCAAUCCCAAGACUCUGCUAGCAUUUGAAGACAUGCUAGAGAAUCCUCUGAACAGCACCCAGUGGAUGAACGACCCUGAGACUGGCCCUGUCAUGCUCCAAAUAUCCAGAAUCUUCCAGACUCUCAAUCGCACAUAGAGACUCCUGGUGACCCCCAUGUGUGACUGUGGCAGCUUGUGUGUGUGUAUGUGUGCGCGUUUGGGCUGUGUGUAUGGAUGUGCGUGUAUCUGAGUAUGGCAGAGACACAAGUAUUGUUUUUGCCUUGUAAAGACAAAGCUGGAGGAGUCAAAGUAUGAAUUGAGAUGUUAUACAUAUAACUAUUUAUAACAGUACAGUAAAAACACUUAUAAGAGAGAAAUAUUAACAUAAACAUUAUUACAGUAAUAAUUUAAAAAAAUGAGAUUUAGUAUGUUGUUUUUACAUUUUAAUGAGAACAAUUUAUAGUUAUGACAGACAUGAUUUAUUUUAUAUAAUUUCUCCAUGUGCAAAAAUGGCAUCAGACAUCAAUUUAAUGUUUACAGUUCAAAGAAAACUGUUUUUGUAUGUUUUGCAAUAUUUAAAUAUCAAUUACAGUUUUGUCUGUCUCUUUAAAUUGUUACAUUUCAUCAGUGGUGAAUGUGUGGAAGACCUCUUUCAGCAUCGUGUUUUGUUUUUCUCUUCCCCUUUGUCUCGUUUUCAUCAUAAUAACUGCUUAUAAUUGAGAGGCUGGUGGUCAAUGUUGAGCGUUUGUUAAGCACAUUGAAAAUGGGCUUUCAGACACAUUACCUCUCUCUCCAUUCAUGCCUGUGAGGUAACUCUUAGUCAACCUCCUCUCCGUUUAAAGAGGAGAACGUUUGUCCUUGAGCCUCAUCAAGAAUAUUUAUUUGACGUUCUUGCCUUUUAGAGGAAAUCUGUACACUAAACUUGGUGUCUUAGUCAUGUUUUUAUAAGAGGCUGGUCAAAGUUGUACACUAAUCUGUUUGUGUCUUAGUCAUGUUUUUGCAACAAAACAAUAUAUUAGGCCUGUGUGUUUAUUGUCAAUGUGCUCUUGAAUGUCAUAUUAUCAUGUUACGUUCAUUUGGCACUCGUUCACUUCGAUGAAUAUUGCUCACUGCAGCACUGAGGAAGUUAAAGAAGGGUUCGUGUUUUGUCUCAAAAGGCUGUAGUGGGAUGUUAAAUGAAGCUGAGCCUAAUCAAAAGGAGGUUUGCCUUUUUAACCUUUAAUUUGAAUGAUGAAGAUGCAUGCUCGCUUUCAUGCUACGGAGAUGCAAGCAUCUUUAUACACACAAAGAAGUAAUAAUGGAAUUUGAGACUCAACCAAUGUUGGUCCUUUGGUUUACCUUUUUCUUUUGAGAGCAAUGAACAUUUACGCUGUCAAACCAAACCAAAAUGUCACUAUAUAGCCUGCCUUGUCAUUAGAUAUAUCCGUUGAAAAUACCCUGUAUUUCUGUGCAAUAGCAAGGACUUAUGUUGACCUGUAAAGAAAUAUAUUUGACUUGAGUGGUAGAGAUGUGUGAACUGCAAUGGGUAGUGUGUUAUACAAUAUUAGCCUUUACAUUGAGUACUUAAAAUCUCCAGCUACAAGAAGGUGAGCCUCGCCUCUUCUAGUUGUACUGGGAGUUAAAAACAAUAUGGAGGAUGGUGUGUUUUGCCAAGGUUUUGAGUGUUUUUAUUCAAUAUUUAAAAUGUGGUAUUGCUGUGACUUUCUGCUCAGGGAGGCUGAGAUUGUUUUUCUAAACCUGUCGUUAUGGCAAACCUCUGCUCACCCCCUUCUAGUUUGGCAUUUGAAAAUGGCUUUAACUAAUCUCUCUAGAACUUUGCUUAUGAAUAAGAGCACCACAAGACAUGGUUUCGUAAAUGCAAUAUUUGAAAAAUAUUUAAAUGUUUUUAGAGAGAAGUGUUUGUUUGAACUAUGUAUUAUUACAUUAUUUAUAUCAAAGCCAAACUAGUAACUUGUUGUUAUUUAUAACAGUUUUAGCAAACCUCGAAGCUAAUCUACAAAUGUGAAAAUAUUAAAUGAUUCAAAUGUUGUUUUUACAAACCAUUAUAAAAUGUGCUUAUGGACUGGUAGGUCACAGUGUGAUUUAAAGUAGUGCAACAUGUUUGAAUGAUGGAGGAUUUCUACACAUGUCUCUGGAAGCCUCUCUGCACACUUUCUGCACUGCAGUGGACCUUUAUCAUGGCCACAGUGACCAACUGUCUCACCACCUCCAUGCUUUGCAUGGGCAUGCAUAGAAACCAGCUCUUUCCCAUAAUAUCUUGAAAUAAACAUUGGGAGAUUGUACAUUUGAAGAAAAAGGUCCACAGAAAAUGCUGACUUCUUUCAAAAUGGUUAACAGGAACAGAAAAGAACAAAAAGAACUCUGUUUUCACUCAGCUUUCACGCAGGACUGUCCCAGAUCAACAACCUAUGCAAUAUACUCUCACAGCGUGUUCAUUCAAACAGCCUCCUGGCUACUGGCAUCGAAAUCACUAUUGCAUUAAAGUUAUUUUUUGUGGCUGUA